AUGGAUUUAGCCCGAGAGCUUCUGUGUCAUUGCAUUGGUGGAAUUGCUGUCAGCAGACACAAAUUACUAGCCCCAAACGAUCCAUAUUCUACUGUUGAAAAUCUAGAACGUGACUCACAUGUUAUUCUCGGAAGCAAUCCUCAUGACACUGAAAUAAACAAAAAUCUUUAUAAUUCAGAUGAACUUUUUGUUGACUAUCACAUUGCAACAAUUCUUUUUACUACACAGCCAUUUGAAGACCUUUUACUUAUUUCAAAGAAAAACUUUGCAGCAUAUUUUGGUCCAGUCUUUUCAACACAUGCCAUGCUUUCUGUUACUAAUGACAUUAAUCCUAACUUUUCUGGCUGGGAUAUGAUUAAAAAUAAUAUCUUUGGUGCUGGUGGCCCUUACUACAACCAAUAUUAUUUUCAAAGAGGCCUUAUAAAAGUGAGGUAA